GACCGUCCGUGUUUGUGUUCCAGGCCCGAGGUCCCGGCUAUGGCAGCGGCUACCAUAGUGCACGACACGUCUGAGGCGGUGGAGCUCUGCCCCCCGUACGGCCUGUACUUGAAGCCCAUCACGAAAAUGACCAUCAGCGUGGCGCUCCCGCAGCUGAAGCAGCCUGGGAAGUCCAUCUCCAACUGGGAGGUGAUGGAACGGCUGAAGGGCAUGGUGCACAACCACCAGUUCUCCACGCUGCGCAUCUCCAAGAGCACCAUGGACUUCAUCCGCUUUGAGGGCGAGGUGGAGAACAAGAGCCUGGUCAAGUCCUUCCUGGCCUGCCUGGAUGGCAAGACCAUCAAGCUCAGCGGCUUCUCCGACAUCCUCAAGGUGCGCGCCGCCGAGUUCAAGAUCGAUUUCCCCACCCGCCACGACUGGGACUCCUUCUUCCGCGACGCCAAGGACAUGAACGAGACGCUCCCGGGGGAGCGGCCGGACACCAUCCACCUGGAGGGGCUGCCCUGCAAGUGGUUCGCCCUCAAGGAGUCGGGCUCCGAGAAGCCCAGCGAGGAGGUUCUGGUCAAGGUGUUCGAGAAGUUCGGGGAGAUCCGCAACGUGGACAUCCCCAUGCUGGACCCCUACCGGGAGGAGAUGACCGGCCGCAACUUCCACACGUUCAGUUUCGGGGGACACUUGAACUUCGAGGCGUACGUGCAGUACCGCGAGUACGUGGGCUUCAUCCAGGCCAUGAGCGCCCUGCGCGGCAUGAAGCUCAUGUACAAGGGUGAGGACGGCAAGGCCGUGGCCUGCAACAUCAAGGUGAGCCCCUGCCCGGCCGCCCGCUGUGGCCCGUUUCUGGCCCCGCAGCUGGUUUGGUGGCCCUGAGACGGCUGGCAGUCC